AUUAGUUUCAGUUGCUCAUUUUGAGAUUAUUUGAUAAAUGAGUUGAGAUUAUGGCUAUUGCUGAAUUUGCAGAGAUGAAAGUUGCACUUGUGAAAACAUUGUGUCGCUAUGUGGCCAGUUGGACUGAUUCUAGAAACCCUUCACUAUCCAAUGACAUUCUGAAUCCUGAAACUUCAAAUCAAAAUAUCCUGAGCCCUAUCACCCCGAAACUUGACAUCUCUGAUCGCUGCUACCGUGUUAUUGGCUCUACCCCCAAGUCAGUUCAAGAGAGGAAGAAAGGAAAAUCAUAUCGGAGCAAAAUCUCCAAAUCUGACAUUGGAACUCCCAGUAAUUUCCAGCAUGUUGGCCAUGUGGCUUGGAACCCUGAGACUGGAUUCAACGUGUCUGGCCCAGGUCUGGAGGUGUUCCGCGAGGCAGGAAUGAGUGAAUCCCAUCCUGAAGAUGAGGAAACCCCAAGGCGGAUACUUUCUGUUCCUGAAGAGAAAGGAAUCCUUCCUGUGAGUGAAGAAACAAAACUGAAAGCUCCUUCACCAUCUACUUCCAGAGCCAACUGUGUGUUGACCCCUCCCAAGACUGGAACAGAUCCUCUUGUCCUAGCUGCUCAAACAAGCAGCCAACAAGCCUCUGGCAAAUCCAGAGAACUUGGUCCCUCCCCACAGCAGUCUGGUGUUCCUCUUGAACUCUGUCAAGAUGUUGGAGGCUCCCCUCCUUUAACCCCAGCAUUAACACUCACCUAUUCUUUCUGUGCCCCAGUUGCCCUGCCCCCUCCACCCCCUGUAUGUCACUGUGCUGCAUCACUUCCUUUCUCGCCACCUCCAUCAAACAAUUGCCUGCCUGAGGACAACAUACAGAGCUCUCGUCUGAAUCCAGUGGAAACAGGGCAGUCUCUGGGAGCUGCCAGUGAUUGGCACCUGCUGUUGAGUCAGAUCCGACAAGGAUGCGUUUUAAAGCCAGUAACUGGUGUGGAUCCUAAACCGAUCCCUGCUGCUGUGCCUGAUGGGAUUGUGAGUGCCCUUAUGAAAGUCUUGCAGAACAGAAGUCGUGUCAUUCAUUCUUCAAAUGAUUUUGAAGAUGAUGAUGAAUGGGAUGAUUAAACUCCAAGUUGAGAUCACUUUUCAAUCAACGCCAUUCUAGAAAUGUCAUUUUCUUAAUUGCUGGUUUUAGUUGCAUUUUCCUAGUGGUUCUGUUUAGUUUGAUCAAUAUCACUAAAACCCUCCCUUGAUGUACCCUCUGCCCAGGGCUGAUGACACCAUGUUUGAACAAGAUGUAUUCAAAUCUUAAGCGUUGGUUUUUAAAAACAAGAAACUUUAUCUUCUGAAUUGUGAAACUUUAAUCUCUCUGAAUACUCUCUUUAAAUAUAAAAAUCAAAGUGGUGCUCACCUGGAGGAUUCUCAAUACUGAACCAAACACUGCCUCAGGCUUGUCUUAGACAUUCCUGGAUUUUUGAUCUGUAUCUUGUGACCUUGAAUGUGCUUAAACUGUUCCUACUCGAGGGAACAAAUUCAGUUAUGUUUGAAUGUAUUUGUUUUUGUAAAUAAAGUCCCUAUGGAUCUGA